CCAGUUUUCUAAUAUACAGCCGAUUCUUGAUGAACAUUGUAUUUUUUCCAGGUUGGUCACAAACUCCAGAAAGGCGAAGGGCAUUUGCUUUCACUGAGCCUUACACCAAGCCAUUCCCUAGCGCUUUCUUUACGCUAAACGCGUCAUCGGGAAAGUCUAGUUUUGACACCUCUGACAUGCAGGGAAAGAAAAUCGGAUUCCUUGACGGCUAUGCAAGUGAUGAACAUUGCUUAAACAGACAGGAUAAUAUUCAGGGUUUACCUCUGAAGACUGAGCAGAUAUUUCACUACCUUACACCCGCUGAUGCAGAAGCAGGAUUGAGAACCAAUCAGGUUCAUGCAAUAUACACGACAAAGUAUGUGAGUAUGGCAGACGCUUCUCCAGUAGAGGGAAAGUCGUUUAACUGUUCGACUCGAGGUUUAUCCAUCAUGACCCGGAAGGAUUCCGGGCUUGAGGACUGGUGGAAUCCUGCUUGGGAGCAGAUCUUCCACAGCACCUAUUACCAUGUCUUAUGUCAGACACUGGUAAUCAGACAUGGGCUAUUUCCUGGGCUGAACGUUGAAGACAUAUGUCUUCAAUUCACAUAAUGUGCCUUUUCAUAAAUUAAAUACAUUAUUUUGUCAUCUUUCCUAUUGUGAACUCAUUGCCUUUAUAUUUCUCAUGUAAUACAACAUUUUAAAGAUAAUGUGCGCAUUAUUUUGUACUUUUACAGUAAGUGUUCUAUACUAACUUUGUGUUUGUUGGCCGAGCCAUUGUUGAUGUUUUUGUUGUUGCAAUCUGCCACAUUGUUUGGUAAUACUUAUUCAGAAUAUGAUCUUGUAUACGGUAUCGGAAUAUAAAUGAAAUAAUUACUUUCAAUUGCAAAUUAGGUGUACCGGUAAUGCACAAGUUCUACCUUUAUUGGAUGUAACAUUUUGUGUAACACAUGUGGUACUUGUAUUUAUAAAAAGUUGUGUAGUCAUGUAGGUCAACGAGACAUUAAAUGUCACCACGUAUAAACAGUUAAUUGUGAUUACUGUAUUUGUGAAAGCCCACAUUGUGAAUAUCGUCUUAUGAAGUGGGAAAACAUGCUGGUGAAUCUGAAACGUUUUGGAUGGUGUUUGUGAAAUGCUAUUUUAGUUUCUAGGAUGUUCAGCGAGAUGAAUUUUGAAAAUAAGCAGUUUAUUAUUCAUGUAAUUUUGAUAAGUUGUAAGCUUGUUAUUCAGUUUAUUUCAUCCAUUUACAGCCAAGAUUAAGGAGCUAUUUAAGUAAUAAUUCCACACACUGAACUGCUGGUUUAAUCUUGAUUUUUAUUAAUGCUUUAUUUCAAUCAUUAUCAUUAUCAAGAGUAAUCAGGAAAAUUUACAACCUAUUAUGACAAAUCGGAUGAUUGACUUGGUAUAUUACUAAACUUGAAAUAAAAUUCUAUGUUAGUUAUUACGUUGGAGUACCAUAAUAUAUUGAUUGUAUGCAGACAUAAUAAGCACAACAAAUGACAAAGCGCUUUUAAUUUCAGCCAUGUGAAGAGUGAGACUCAUAUUACAUGUAUUUGGUAACUGAUUGCCUCAUCAAAUAUUAUCUCGCCAUCUAUUCAAAGUUUUUACAUGUACUGCGACUUGGUAUAAAUUUAUAGGCUCAUGCUCUUUCUACGGAACAGUACUCUUCUAUUAAACGCAUUAUUUCUUCCCAAAAUAAACUUUUAUAGAUUGCAUAUGAUGCAUUCUACAGCACACUUAUGUGAAUUACACAUUCAUUGUUCUUUGCAUACACUUAAAAGAAAAAGGGACUAACAUUAACAUCAAACUUAUGAGAUAUUAACUUGCUGUUGCUCUACCAU